GCUGCAACCCCAGCGACACAAAUCAUCUCUCUCUCCCUCGGUGCAAGUACUUGUACUGACAAGUCCCCCGCUUGCUUGUAUUGUUGCCCCAUAUCUUUGUUGCUCGUGCUACCCUCCCUGGACAUUGGACGAGCUCCAGUGCUCCGUCUCUCUCCGCCAUUGCUGCCGCGUCUGCGCUGUUUUUAUUUGACAUCUUUUGUUUGGUGCGCAAUUAACCCCGCAGAUCCAGCGGUGGCUAGCCACUAGGUUGUAGCCUAGAGACGGUACUGCUAGGCUCGCCCUGCAAAACAACAGCCUCAGCAGCUCGGAAUGAGAGGGACAGGGGAGAGGGCGAGGGGCGAGGCUGAACCCCAACACACAAGCUCCAGACAGCGACCGGAGUUGCUUGUGUGGGUGUGUGGGAGAUGAAAGGGAGAGCUCGGACAUAACUAGGGAGCUAGCUACUAGGCCUACCGGAGCUAAGCUGAGGCUGGCUUGCGCUGUACGUGUCCUCCGCGCGGCAGGGCCGGCUACGUGAGUGCGCAUCGCGGCAUGGACUGGGAUCUCAAGAUGCCGCCCGGCGCCUGGGACCUCACCGAGCUGGAGAACGACGCGGCCGCUGCGCCGGCGGCUGCCCAGGCGUCGGCCGGCGGCAUUGCUAAUGCGGCCGGCCGGCCGGAGUGCUCCGUGGACCUGAAGCUCGGCGGGCUCGGCGAGUGCGGCGCUGCUCCGGACAGCCGCGGCCUCGGCAAAGCGCCGGCCGAGGCGGCGUCCUCGGCGUCGGCGCCCAGCGCGGCGAAGCGGCCGCGCGCGUCGUCGGGAGGGGGAGGUUGGAGCGGCGCGGGGCAGCAGCAGUGUCCGUCGUGCGCGGUGGACGGGUGUAGGGCGGACCUGAGCAAGUGCCGCGACUACCAUCGCCGGCACAAGGUGUGCGAGGCGCACUCCAAGACCCCCGUCGUCACCGUCGCCGGCCGCGAGAUGCGCUUCUGCCAACAGUGCAGCAGGUUUCACCUGCUUACGGAGUUUGAUGAGGCCAAACGCAGCUGUAGAAAGCGUCUUGAUGGGCACAACCGUCGCCGCAGGAAACCGCAGCCAGAUGUGAUGAAUUCUGCAAGUUUUAUGACAAGUCAACAAGGAACAAGGUUUUCACCAUUUCCAACUCCAAGACCGGAGCAAAACUGGCCAGGGAUCAUUAAAACUGAGGAGAACCCCUAUUACGCACAUCAACUCCCUCUAGGCAUCAGCAACAGGCAGCAUUUUGGUGGCUCUGCGUCGACUUACGCCAAAGAAGGACGGCGAUUUCCUUUCCUGCAGGAAGGCGAAAUAAACUUUGCCACUGGUGUGGCACUCGAGCCUUCAGUGUGCCAACCGCUCCUCAAGACGGUAGCUCCUCCCGAGAGCAGCAGCAGCAGCAGCAAGAUGUUCUCUGAUGGGCUGACUCCAGUGCUGGACUCAGACUGUGCUCUCUCUCUUCUGUCAGCUCCGGCAAACUCCUCUGGUAUCGAUGUUGGCCCGAUGGUCCAACAGACUGAACACAUCCCCAUUGCCCAGCCUCUGUUCUCCAACCUGCAAUUCAGCAGCUCGUCCUGGUUCUCGCGCACCCAGGCUUCCACCGGUACCGUCUCAGCGACUGGAUUUUCCUGCCCUGUGGGGGAAAAUGAGCAACUGAACAAUGUGCUAAGCUCGGACAACAAUGACUUGAACUACAAUGGGAUAUUUCAUGUCGGCAGUGAAGGCUCGUCGGACGGCGCCCCGCCAUCUCUGCCCUUCCCGUGGCAGUAGUUUUCAGUGGCUGUUCAUGUGUUGCUUACAGUAGAGCUCGUCUCUUCUCCCUAGUGAUCAACAUUUGUUUCUGUUCAAUCUGAAUCAUUCCUUUUCUUGUAUUCAUUUUACUUGCAAGCAUUCGUGUGAACAAAUUCAGCAUAAAUCAAUUCCUCGAAAUCUUUCUGCA